CAUCAACUGAUAAACUAGACCGGGAGUAGGAAUGCAACUGGAAAGAGCUCACUACGCCAGUCUUACUCUACUGCUUUCACUGGCUAUCAGAAAGCAGUAACUCAUAUUUUUGUCUCAGCAAUGGAAGGAGUAGUUACAAGACACUGGGUGGAAACUCCUGUACGUUAUCAGGAGCAGUUUGCUGUCCAAGAUCUGGAAGCGUGCAAGUUGGAUCACUCUUUAUAUGCUUUGCCAGGCCCAUCCAAGGCUGAGGUGAGAAGCCGACAUGCAACAAAAAGUACAGCUACAGCACAGGAGGACAGCACCGAAGAAGGCAAACCCAGCUUUCAGGUCUUACUGGAUGUUGUGCAGUUCCGUCCUGAAGAUAUCAUCAUUCAGACUUUCGAAGGCUGGCUCCUGAUCAAAGCUCAGCAUGGACCUAGGAUGGACGAACAUGGUUUCAUAUCCAGAAGCUUUGUUAGACAAUACAAAUUACCUAAUGGAGUCAAGAAAAAAGAUUUGUCUGCUCUCUUCUGCCAUGAUGGCAUUUUGGUUGUUGAAAUGAAGAGCUCAGAGGGAAUGGACUAAAGUCUUUUUAAUUGUUAUUGGUGAGAUGAUAUUAUUCCUAAUGUAACUCAAACAAUGCUUUGCAAUGUAGCCAUGCAUGUGAAGUUGUUGGUUUGUAUUUACAAUGGAGAUAAGAACAAAACUUUGCAUAUAUUUUCUGUGUGUUGAGUUUUAUUGUUUGAUGUGAAAUGUAAGACUACUUUCCUUCAGCUGCAUAUAUGCUGGAGACCCAUGCUUUUUAGAUAAAAGAAAGUUUAUGGCAGUCAUAACAAAUGAAAAAUAUUUCAUAUAAUGCUCUCUGAUGAGGUACCAAGUGUAAAGCAUGUAUAAAAAUGCCAAUAAACAGGGGUUACCUUUGUAAUAUGUAUUCAUGAGAUAAAUAAUGAAAGGAGCAGCAGACAUUAGUCUAUGAGUUGUAUGGAAUUUUAAUUUACAUAACAGAAAAAUGCCAUGUUUUUAAAAGUUAUAUCACUAUAUAAUGUUAACUUCAACAUUUCUUAGGAGAUGUCAAAGCACGCACGAGCAGCAUGCAUUUGGUCUGCAAAAUAAUUUUUGGGAAAAACUUUUUGAAUUCAAAUUUAUUUCUAAAAAUUGCUUGCAAGUCUGCCCUUAAAAAAUAUAUUGUACUUAAGGGAAUAUUGAACAGCAGAAUAAACAUUAAAUGCAAUGUU